CAUGGCGAUGAUCACAUUGAACAUGCCAAAACCGUGAUCCUUGAUUGGAUCUCCCGCACUCAGAUGCCCGUUCAUCCUGCAGGAACUACUCUAUGGAGUAUCUCUGUGAGAAAAGAAGCGUGUAAAGCUGGGGUUGUGCAUAGUUCGGUGGCAGAGAGUAAAGCCGAGAACUACAAAAUGACGGGCAAGUCUCUGGGCAAAGGGCGUUUUCUACGUGCAUCAAUUGCUGUGAAGCAAGGCCUCAGAUAUUGCUUUUCUUCACGAAAAUGCUUUUCACGACCCUGAUAAGUUUAAUAUGGUGCGCAAGAAUAGCGGAGGCGAGCUGGGCGAGGAACCUGAAUUACAGGAGCCCUUCAGAAAAUCACCCUUCGUUAGGUCUCUCAAUUCGCAAGAUCGCAAAGCGUCAAACACCUGGCUCCACGUUCGAGCCCUCGAAACUCAACUUCACACACGGUGUUGCCUCAGGUGAUCCGUACCCCAACUCUGUAAUUCUAUGGACCCGAGUAGCUCCGAGUUCUGACAAUGUCAACGAUAACUCGACGGUCUCAGGCUAUGUUCCUUUGUACUUCCAUGGCCCAACUUCCGAAGAAAUCAAAGGAAGCAAAGCUCCAAUCUGCGUUAAUUGGAAGGUUGCCAAGGACGAGGCGUUGACAGCAGUGGUCUCGUCAGGUACAGUCUUUACGAGCUCUGAUAUAGAUUACACUGUCAAAGUCGAGGCGGGCAACCUCAAGCCAUUUACGCAAUAUUAUUAUCAGUUUUCCGUGUGCAACAGCAACAACACGUCCCCAGUAGGGAGAACCAAGACGAGCCCCGAUGCAGAUGACGAUAUUACUUCUGUUUCACUAGCCGUAUAUUCUUGCUCGAACUUUCCUUUCGGGUUCUUCAACGCGUACGGCAACCCCGUGCGAAAAGAUUCCAUAGAUUACGCCGUACAUCUCGGGGACUACAUCUACGAGUACGCCAACGGCGAGUACGGUUGGGGCCAGACAAUUGGGCGCGUUCCGCAACCAGAUCACGAAAUAUUCACCCUGUACGACUACCGCAAACGAUUGGCCACGUAUCGGACGGAUCUCGACUUGCUCGCUUCGCACCAACGAUUCCCGUGGAUAACGGUGUGGGACGAUCACGAGGUCAGCGACAAUACAUACCGUGACGGAGCGUCGGAGCUGAACAACACGGAAGCCUCGUUCAUCGAGGACGGGGGUGUCAGCGUCGACCAGCGCAAGAUGAACGCCGUGCGAGCCUACUUCGAAUGGAUGCCGAUUCGUCAAGUUGAGAUGGACGACAACCUCCGCAUCUGGCGCUCCUUCUCCAUCGGCAAGCUCCUCGACCUGAUCAUGCUAGACACGCGCCAGUACGACCGCUCGAUCACGGAUCUGUACUGGAACACCGACUACGUCCACGAGAUCGCGGACGACGCCGGACGCUCGAUGAUGGGCUCCAGGCAGGAGAACUGGUUCUACUCCAGCCUGAUCGCCUCGAACAAGCGCGGCGCCGCCUGGCGCUUGAUCGGGUCGCAAACCGUGUUCUCGAAGCUGAACCAGUCCUUGGCGUACGGGAGCGAGAAUCCCCUGGACUACGACGCGUGGGACGGCUACCAGGCGAACCGCAACAGGACGUUCCAGGUGCUGUACGAAAACGAGAUCGGGAAUAACAUCAUGCUCAGCGGAGACUCGCAUGCCUCGUGGGUCAGCGACCUAGUCUGGCUGGACGAGAAGGAAUACGAUCCCAAGACGGGCUCCAACUCCAUCGGCGUCGAGUUCGCCGGCUCGGCCGUGACGCCUCCCUGCCCGUACGGGGCGAACAUCUCGCUCGCGCAGGCGAACAACUACACCGUCUGGCUGGUGUCCAACAACCCGGAGCUUCAGUGGAGCGACCUGUACUACCGCGGCUACUACGAGCUGCACGUGUCCAGGGAGCAGGUCGUGGCCAGCUACUUCGGCAUGCCGACCGUCGCGAGCAGGAACCCCUUGGAGAUCUCGCUGGCCAACUUCACGGUCAGGAGCGGUGAGAACAAGUUGGCGCGGCCGGUCGGCGGCGGCGUGGUCGAGAGCGGAACGUUGAAGGGUGGCCAGACCAAGAUCACGAACAUCACGCACAACACGUCAAACGAUACCUGGUCGAUCACCGCCUACAAUCUCGAGGUCUUGUAGACGGAAAGAUGGCGCACGGCUAGAUUCAGGGAGGCACAAUCGAGGAAAGACUUCAGAGUCACGUCCAGAAUCGUAACGAUGCACAAGAUCAUCCUUUCUUAACAGAAAGGGGUGGCUGGUCUCGACGACGUGGCUCACCCCCUUGUAGAGGUUACCCGAUCUUACGCGGACUCCAGAAAAUAAUUCGUAGUUCCCAAGAUUCUAUGUACACCGUCGUAGUUACAAAUAGAAUUGACCUUCCC